AUGUCCGCCGCCCAAGAUGCGCCGCUUUUCCACAGCACCCUCGACGAGUACAUGGAGGAAGACGACGAGGACGAGAGGGAUCGCGAGGCCGCGGAUAUGGCCGCCCUGCACAUGUCGCGACGAGUGGCGGCUGCGAGCAAGAUGGCAGAGAGCUCCGAGACGGAACCGGACGCUAGCCGCGGGUCCCUGGAACAGAGCAGCGAGACGCCCGGCCGGAGGUAUCAGGACAGAGGCUUACGGCGAGGCAUCCGCAGCAGUUGGAACGGGACGAGGAGCGUUAGUGGGCGGAAUCGCGGCAGGGAGGUCAUAGACGAAGAGGCGGAGGACAUCCCACGUGAGGGCUCCGACCGUGGUUCGGAUACCAACCCUAAGAUGGUGGAUAUCGGACUCGACUCCCAGAUCCAGGACGACGACCCGUCGGCGUCCCUGUUGAACGAAGUGACAGAUUCAAGCCCAGCCCCGUUCCAGAAGUUCCAGCCUAGGUCUGGCGAUCGUAAGGUCCAGCUGAGGAGGGAGGUCACGCCGGAAGACGAGUUCGACGAGGCCCGACGAGCAAGCUCCGACGACGAGGCGAUGCCGGUUACUGUUCCCCUCGUCGAAGGGGAGUUGUUCAAGUACGACCCCUUUUUCGCCUGGAUAUUCUUGAUCGCCUUGGCGGGUCUGGUGUCUACGUUCGUGCUGGUCUGGCUGCACACAGGUACACCUAAAAGAGGCUGGGGCGAUACCAUUUACACGACAUUGCAAUCAUCUUUCCACAUGCUGGCCGUCGACACUCUCAUAUCGGUUAUGGUAUCCCUCGUGUGGCUCACAUCACUCCGAUCAUUCGCACGGCCACUGGCGUGGCUGAUCAUUUUCGCAAUGCCCAUCAUCAUGUUCUCCUUCUCUCUGUAUCCCUUCAUUGCUAGCUUUGAGGGGUCAACACACGGGGCCAGUUUCCAGGAUCGGGCGAUGCGGUGUGCCUCUCUGGUUCCGGCCGCUUCGGCUAUCGUCUGGAUAUAUGUGGCUUGGAAAGGUCGGUACGCGGUCCAGCAGGCCAUCGAAAUUCUCGAGUUCUCGACCAGGAUUCUUGCAGCAAACCGUGCGCUGGUAACACUGGGUUUCGUCUGCCUAGCUAUCAUCGUUACCUGGACAUGGGUUUGGAUGUGGAUGUUUUCGAGAAUCUUCCUGGGUGGUUUCUUCUCGAAGAGACUGGCCAGGUUCGUCAUCAGCGUGUCCAGCUGGUGGCUCGGGAUAUGGUUUGUCCUCAUGUACAUGUGGACAAUCGGGGUCAUCAACGCAGUGCAGAGGGCGACAACGGCUGCGACAGUGUCUCAAUGGUACUUCCACCGCAACGCGGCGCCGGCUCCCACGUCCGUCGAGAUCGUAUCGGCGGCGCUCACCCACGCGUCGACAACCAUAUUUGGAAGCAUCUGCGAGUCUACGCUUCUGGCGCUGCUGAUCAGGGCGCCUCUCCUCGUGCUGCCCCGGAGAAUGGCCAACAUCCUUCAACAUGUGGCAGCCAUGUGGGUUCCGACCCCUAUCGCGGCGCUCACAAACCCGAUGACCAUCACGUACGGCGCAAUCCACUCGCAGAACCUCCAAACCGCCGCUCGCGGACUCACCCAGAUGGACUUCAUCUCGCCGAACCGGCCCACGACAACACUGACACCGCAAGUCUUCAGCUCACGGCGGUCCAGUCAUUCUCCUCUUCUUCCCUAUCGAUUGGCAAAGAUGCUUCUAUACGCGACACGGUUCAUUAUGGCAACGGGGCUUGGAUUUGCGGGCUGGGUGAUGACUGCGAAGCAGCUGAGAGUCACACUGCCGGACGGAAUGGGGAUGCGAGGCUCGGCGUACGCAUACGUGGUUGGCUUGGUUGCCAGUUUUAUCGGAUUUUCGGUCAUGGGCGCCAUGGAGGGUAUUCUCAGCGGCAUCUUGGACGCGGUGGUGAUCUGCUACGGAAGCGAGCGGCGGAUGGCCAGCGGAGGCGGCGCGUACUGCAUGGAGGCCGCCUACCUGUUUGGCGAGAGGAACAGGCGCGACGAACGGGGCCUGCCUUGA